CCCGAAGCAUUUGGGGCAGCCAAAGACCAAGAAUGGCCACCCCGCCCAAGAGAAACUGCCCAUCUCCCUCCACUAGCUCCGAGGGUACCCGCAUCAAGAAAAUCUCCAUCGAAGGGAACAUCGCUUCAGGGAAGUCAACAUUUGUGAAUAUCCUUAAACAAGUCUGUGAGGAUUGGGAAGUGGUUCCUGAACCUGUUGCCAGAUGGUGCAAUGUUCAUAGUACUCAAGAUGAAUUUGAGGAACUGACAACAUCUCAGAAAAGUGGUGGGAAUGUUCUUCAGAUGAUGUAUGAGAAGCCUGAACGAUGGUCUUUUACCUUUCAAUCAUAUGCCUGUCUCAGUCGGAUACGAGCUCAGCUUGCCUCUCUCAAUGGCAAGCUCAAAGAUGCAGAGAAACCUGUAUUGUUUUUUGAACGAUCUGUGUACAGUGACAGGUAUAUUUUUGCAUCUAAUUUGUAUGAAUCUGACUGCAUGAAUGAAACAGAGUGGGCAAUAUAUCAAGACUGGCAUGACUGGAUGAAUAACCAGUUUGGCCAAAGCCUUGAAUUGGAUGGAAUCAUUUAUCUUCGAGCUACUCCAGAGAAAUGCUUAAGUAGAAUAUAUUUACGAGGAAGAACUGAAGAGCAAGACAUUCCUCUUGAAUAUUUAGAGAAGCUUCAUUAUAAACAUGAAAAUUGGCUCCUGCAUAGAACACUGAAAACAAAUUUUGAUUAUCUACAAGAGGUGCCUAUCUUAACACUGGAUGUUAAUGAAGACUUUAAGGACAAACAUGAAAGUCUGGUUGAAAAGGUCAAAGAAUUUUUGAGUAGUCUGUGAUCUUGCCGAAGACUCGAGAUAGCCCAUUGUUUCCAAAUACUUCAG